AUGAGUACCUCGGACCCAACUGCGCAAAAUUGGACAUUUCCACUUAAUGGACCAACGGCAUCAUCCACAUCUGACGAACAACAUUGCUGUGAAACAGGGGCAAUCACCAUAGAAACAUGGAGCAAAGUUUUACAAAUCUGCGUCACCGUGUUUGUGAGUCUGAUGGGUAUAUUUAGCAACACAGUAGUAUUAAUGAGUAUAGUUUGGAUAGAAUCAAGAGAUAUUCUGAAACAUUCAGUCUGUAUUCUAGCAGUAAAUUUAGCAAUAGUGGAUCUAACGGUAGCAGGUUUGUGUCAACCACUUCUCGCAGUGUCGAUGGGAAUCAACGAAUGGCCGUUCAUCGAAUUGGAGUCUUGUAUAUUUUUCGGCAACCUGGAUGACUUCUGUGCUAUUGUUUCAAAUAUCACCGUAGCAACCAUAGCUGCCAACCACUUCUUGAAACUGCACAACGAUAUCAUACAUAGUGUGAUAUUUACGGCGCGAAACGCGAUUAUAUUUUGUGUUUGCUUAUGGAUAUUUGCAGCGACGAUGUUGGCAGUUCCAUUUAUGAUGGACAAGGAUGCGAUGCUUAACUACGAUGCUCGCGUGAGCCACUGCGUUGUAGAUCGCACGGCGUUUUCGGGUUGGUACAUUGCCCUACUCGUUACAGCAGCGUACAUAGCCCCGUUUGGUACAUUAGUAUUUUGUUACACUGGUGUUUAUUUGAUACUGAAGCGGGCCAUCGCCAAAUUCCGACAGAAAAACACAGAACAGAGACAGCGAUAUGAAAACAGUGAUACCGUCAUUUUGCAAAUGACUAUGGGGAAACAAAAAAAGAAAUGUACUAGAACAAUAGUAUUGAUGUUAAUGGUUUAUUUUCUCACAAACGUGUUUAAUGUGAUUUAUUUCAUCGCGUAUCAAGUUAAUUGCACUUGGAUCCCUGACCACGUGUACCGGGUUGGAGUGCUCAUGUCGUCAUGCCGUCCCGCCGUCAACCCGUUCAUCUACGUGUGGCGACACCCCGCCUUUGCACACAGAGUUUCCGCUGUGCUACGUUGCCGUUUCAGUGACGAUAAACACAUGUUCGCUGACAUAUUCGUGGUUGCCCAGGCGGUGAUGCGUGGACGAAGUAGUGAUGAGCUGAGAAGCCUCGGAUGGGACGAUAGCGAUUAUUCCGACUUGUCCGACUCUAAAGCAAUUCGAAAUAUUAUGGGCGAUAUACGCAAUAUAUCGAGGAUUUCCAGUGAAACAAUGCCUAAGUUUGUUCGUGGUUUUUUUGAUAUAUGGAAACGAAAUGCAAUUGCACCAAUCGCAGACAACGAACCACCGAUACCUUUAUGCGAUGUCGUUUCAGCCUCCUCGUUUUGA